GUGAUCCCCACAGUUGCUUCCACUUUCCUGCCUUUCACAGCCUCAUCUUGUCAGCUGACUGUCUUGACUUAUCUUAUCUCCCUGUGAUGUGACCGACUCAUUUCAUCCUUGAUAUCAUCAACUACAACAAUUAUGGUGAAAUGGUCAGAGGUGUUAUUGGGUCACAAGUGUGAUCCUUGUGACCAUUUCUUCAUAUUUGUAUCGGUUGAUGAUAGAUAGGAUCAAAUGACUAGCAGUGACUUGAUGGAAAUAUUCAGUCAGGUGACAGGAAGACAGGAUCGAUCACACCCUGACGGAUUGUAUGUCGGGUUAGCACCAACAAAUUACCAGUAUUGUAUGCAUUGGGUCCUAUGAAAUGUCCUCGAACAGUUACCUUGAUAUUCAAAGAAAAAGAGUCUGAUUUAUCUUUCCUAAUGUAGGGGAUGUCUGUGCCAAAAACAAGCUUCCAGGUAAGUAUGAAAGCAAGAUCAAUAAAAGACAAGCUUUUUGUUGUCC